CUCUCCUCUCUCCCCCUUUCUGGUUCGGUUUAGAUCGUCCAGACUCCAUUCUCGCAACGCCCCCACAAAUGAUUGGCCGGAGAGAUGGGUUCUCGAUGCGAAACACGACGCAUUCGCUCCCCAAAUCGAGGGUCACAAUCGGCGUAGCCAUCGGAGUGGGAAUCCUCUUUGGUUGCGUCUUCGCCUUCUUGUUCCCUCAUGGUCUCUUCCUCUCAGCCCCUAUUAUCACUCACCGCCACUCCAAAUCUGACAAUGCACAGGUUGGUUCAGCCUCAUGUGAAUCGUCCGAACGGGUGGACAUGCUGAAAUCAGAGUUUGUGGCAGCAUCAGAGAAAAAUGCCGAGUUGAAAAAACAAAUCAGGGAGCUUACUGAAAAACUUAUAUUAGCUGAACAAAGGAAAGAUCAGGCGCAGAAGCAGGUUCUUGUGUUGGGUAAACAACAGAAAGCUGGAGGUUUUGGUACUGUGAAGGGAUUAAGAACCUUCCCUACUGUUGUCCCUGAUGAAUCUGUGAAUACAAGACUGGCUAAGAUAUUAGAGAAAGUUGCUGUUGAAAGAGAGCUCAUAGUUGCUCUUGCAAACUCAAAUGUGAAGGACAUGCUGGAGGUCUGGUUCACUAAUAUUAAGAGAAUAGGUAUACCCAAUUAUCUGGUUGUUGCUUUGGAUGAGGAGAUUUCAAGGUUCUGUAAGUCAAAGGAUGUCCCGGAGUAUAAAAGAGACUCGGAUGAAGGUAUUGAUUCAGUUGCAAGGACCGGAGGGAACCAUGCUGUUUCAGGGUUGAAAUUUCGUAUUCUCAGGGAGUUCUUGCAGCUAGGAUAUAGUGUCCUUCUAUCGGAUGUUGAUAUUGUUUAUUUGCAGAAUCCUUUUCCUUAUCUUUAUCGUGAUUCUGAUGUGGAGUCCAUGACUGAUGGUCACGAUAAUGGGACGGCUUAUGGUUAUAAUGAUGUCUUUGAUGAACCUGCAAUGGGGUGGGCUCGAUAUGCCCAUACCAUGCGGAUGUGGGUUUAUAACUCUGGUUUCUUCUAUAUCAGACCGACAAUCCCAUCAAUUGAGCUUCUAGAUCGUGUAGCCAGUCGUCUUUCUAGGGAGCCAAACUCUUGGGACCAGGCAGUUUUUAACGAGGAGCUCUUUUUCCCUUCACAUCCUGGGUAUGAUGGGCUUCAUGCUGCCAGGAGAACUAUGGAUUUCUAUCUUUUCAUGAAUAGCAAAGUUCUCUUCAAGACUGUGAGGAGAGAUGCUAAACUGAGCAAGUUCAAACCAGUAAUUGUUCAUGUAAAUUACCACCCUGAUAAGCUUCCUCGUAUGAAAGCUAUAGUGGAAUUUUAUGUUCGUGGAAAGCAGGAUGCCCUGGAGCCCUUCCCUGAUGGUUCAGAUUGGUAACCUGUUUCUGUUCUCUGAAAUACAUUUAACAUUUAUUUGCUUAGCAAGUUAUGAUGAAAUGUUGUAUAGAUGUUCCAAAGCCCGUGUUUUUUACUUUUUUUUAACUCCUUUAGUUGAACUUUUCCCUUCUAGCAAGAUGUAUUGAAACAAGCUCCCUCAUGUUCUGGCUGUUUGAUAUGUAGCCAGUAACUCAAACUUGAACAAUUUUUACGAAAUUUGUUCUACGAUGCUACAUGAUGCUAUUUAGCAUAUGUUUGUGAGCUCAGAAAGGGAAAAA